GCCGGCCAUGUCCGCCAUCGCAUCCACGCGGGUCGUCCACUCCGCGCGUCAGCCGACGCCAGGUAGCGGUAACGAGCGCCGUCGCCCCACGACCGGCUGCUGCAUCGCGGCGAGGUCGCGCAUCGCCGAUGGGGCGUCGCUGCGAAGGACGACGACGAUCGCGCGCCUCCCGACCCGCCGAGUCACCGACGGGGCGCGAUGCCUCGCGGGACCCGAGCAGCUGUUCCAGCUCGCCGACGGCGGCGGAUUCAGCCCGAUCGUCCCGCUCGUCUCCAUCCUCGGGGGCUUCGCGAUCGCCAGGGCUGUGGUCUACUGGCGCGUGCAGUUCAUCACCGCGAGCAUGAUCGGACGGCACGUGCCGCCCGGCGCGAGGAGGGUGCUCGAGUACGGCGUCGGGCAGGGACGAAACCUGUACUACUACCCAAAAAACACCGGCAUGGUCGUGGGGGUGGACCCGGACGCCAAGGAGGACCUGCUGAUUCAGGUGAGCGUCGCCGCGGGGGUCCCGUUCGUCGCCAAGACCCAGCCGUGCGAGGCGCCCAACAACCAGCCGGACGGCUCGAUCGACGCCGUGAUCACCACCGGCGCGCUCGGCGCGUCCAAGGACCCGGCGGCGAUCGUCGCAGAGGCGGCACGGGCGCUCAAACCCGGCGCGCCCCUCGUGUUCGUCGAGGACAUGUCCUUCGGCCGAGGCGGGGUCAUCGACGCCAUCGAGGCUUUGGACGAAUUCGAAAGAGCCGAGUACGACGACGGGUGGGCGACGCUGCCGCUGCUGCCCCACGCCAUCGGCGUGGCGGUGAAGAGGGACACCAGGGGGGACACCGGUGUGGGGGCGACGACGAAAGGAGCGGGCGACGACUUCGAAUCGUCCACGGGACUCGCGGGGAAACGGUCGAAGAAGAGGCGGCCGCGAUGA